GAUGAUAUAGAUUCCGGCGUCACCAUAGCAACCACCAGGGGUCAGUAUCAGCGCAAACAAGGAUAAACAUCAAGGGUGCGUUCGUAAAUUCACUUUGACUGGCUAUUUAGGGUGUAGUUGUAAAUUCAAUCUGGAGUGCCAGUGUGCGCUCAGACUGCGUUCUGGGCAUUCAUACAUUUGUUUCACUCUCGGAGCGUUCAGAGCGCACACUGGAGGCUUUGGCUAGCUGUCAAGCACCCAAGCUAACUGGCUAAAGGUGGCUAGAUUGGGUGCUUGACUACUAGCAGGCUGAAGUUGGCUAGAUUACUAGCUACUUCCAAACACAUGAAAGAACACCUCACUCGCCAUAGCAGAGAAGAUUAGGCUUUUUAGAUGUUAUCUAGAGCGUUUGUGACGAACUGCUGCUGGCAACAAUUUCAUAGUUUUUGUUUGCCAUCGUCUACCAACCGGUAAUAUUCAAUGGGUGUUGCGCGUUUGUAAAUUCAUCAGUUAUUCAGUACUCUGGCACAAACGAGAGUGCUCUGAAAUUGGAGUAGAUAGCCAGAGUGCAUUUACGAACGCACCCCUAAUCAGUUUUCAGUGCACUCUAGUCUGAGUGUAUCAGAGCUCAGAAUAACUAGCUAAUGAAUGUAUGAACGCACAACACCUGUUGAAUACUGGACGUAUCAGGAAAUGUCGGCAAAAAAAACGUUUUUAAAUUGUUGCCAGCAGCACAGUUACAGUCCACCAACUCUCUAGAUGACACGAGCCUAGCCUGCUCUGCUUGGGCGAGUAAAAUGGUCAGAGUGAGGUGUUCUCUCAUUUAUGUUUGGAGGUAGCAAGCAAGCUAACUUUAGCCAGUUAUCUUGGGUGCUCGACUGCCGUUGUGUGGUCAGAACGCUCAGAUCAACCCUACUCCUCGGCCAGAGCGUCAACUGUGCGCUCUGAAUUUACGAAAGGACAAUCUGACAUUUUUCUAAAUUUACGAACGCACAGAGCGCACUCUGGCACUCCAGAGCGAAUUUACGAACACACCCCAAGUUGAUCGCGAGGCAGCGGCAGCAGCUCGCGUAUCCAUGACUACCCGGAUGGUGCAACUCGCUCAGCCCAAACCCAACCUGCUCCGAUUCCCUGACCGGUACUGCCACACAAACACGCACAUGCACACGCACACUGACAGACUGACUGAUUCUUUUCCUUCCAGACGGUCAGUCUACUGGCUAGAUGAACUCCCACCUGAAAGAAAUGGCUCCACCACCAUGUUUGAGUUGACACCCCACUGGUCCCAGCUGUGUGGCAGGAAGCGGCUUAAUUCUGGGUUCGAACAGAGCAGAUCAUCUCCCCAAUGGGAGGUCAGUGUAGCAGCUCUGAGUGCCUAUCCAUCCAAUAGAGUGUGUUCUCUGGCUUUGCCCCGCCUCCCCACCGCAGGCUGGGUAUCUGACCGCCCCCUACUGGCCUCCCUGAGCAGAGCGGUGCGGACUGCAGUAGCCAGUCCUAGGGUCUGCCAGUUGGCCUGUCCCAAGCGGAGGCAGGGUCUCUAUUCGCCCCAUUCAUCCAAGACCUCACUGGCACCCCCCACCCAGCUGCAACCUCCUCCCGACUACAGCUCCUUGCCAUCCCUAAGUCUGACCACCCCCAGUAUGCCCAGGACCGUCCAGUCAUCUGGCCAGUGCCUGGGCCAGUGAGGAAGGCAGUAGCCAGUGAGAGGGUGCAGGUCCUUUCACGGCCCAACCAGCGGAAGGCGCUGUUCCAAGGCUACAACCCGUACACGGUUACCCUAGCUGCACGCUCCGCUAGCGCCUCGCCGCGCCUACAGGAGCUUUGUCUGCCCCUGCCGCGGAAAUGCAAGGGCAAAUAGACGAAUGCAUCUCAUCUCACACCUCUACAGUACCUCCAGCCGCCUCUUCUUCAGAUACUCUGUCUCCUGUACAGCAUGUCCCUGAUCACCACUGCUCCAUAAUAAAGACCCUCUAUGAUCUCA